AUGGCUGCGUCAUUAACUUGCGCCUCUGGCCUGCGCCUCCACGUGGAUUUGGUAGAGAAACCCCGGACUGGGAUCAUGGCAGCCGAGACUUGGAACGUGGCCGGAGCAGAGGCCCCACCGCCCCAGAAGCGCUACUACCGGCAACGUGCUCACUCCAACCCCAUGGCGGACCACACGCUGCGCUACCCUGUGAAGCCAGAGGAGAUGGACUGGUCUGAGCUAUACCCAGAGUUCUUCGCUCCACUCACUCAAAAUCAGAGCCACGAUGACCCAAAGGAUAAGAAAGAAAAGAGAGCUCAGGCCCAAGUGGAGUUUGCAGACAUAGGCUGUGGCUAUGGUGGCCUGUUAGUGGAACUGUCACCGCUGUUCCCAGACACACUUAUUCUGGGUCUGGAGAUCCGGGUGAAGGUCUCGGACUAUGUACAAGACCGGAUUCGGGCCCUACGCGCAGCUCCUGCAGGUGGCUUCCAGAACAUCGCCUGUCUCCGUAGCAAUGCCAUGAAGCACCUUCCUAACUUCUUCUACAAGGGCCAGCUGACAAAGAUGUUCUUCCUCUUCCCCGACCCACAUUUCAAGCGGACAAAGCACAAGUGGCGAAUCAUCAGUCCCACCCUGCUAGCAGAAUAUGCCUACGUGCUAAGAGUUGGGGGGCUGGUGUAUACCAUAACCGAUGUGCUGGAGCUACACGACUGGAUGUGCACUCAUUUCGAAGAGCACCCACUGUUUGAGCGUGUGCCUCUGGAGGACCUGAGUGAAGACCCCAUUGUGGGACAUCUAGGCACCUCAACUGAGGAGGGGAAGAAAGUUCUACGUAAUGGAGGGAAGAAUUUCCCAGCCAUCUUCCGAAGAAUACAAGAUCCCGUCCUCCAGGCAGUGACCCCCCAAACCAGCCUGCCUGGUCACUGACUGCUUACUCUACCUUAGCUGGACCUCGUCUCCCAGGGACUAGAGAAAAGAGCAGGAGUCCUGGGUCUUCCCAGUUGAGACUGCUGGAGCUGAGACACAGUACUCUCUUAAAGAAGGUGGGGAGCUGCCCAGGGCAGAACCCACUGGUGUUCAUGACUACCCCUGGCUCCUCUCACCUUGUCCCUCCACUGCCAACAGAAAACAAAGCAGCUGACUGAGAUGGUCAAAGGACUUUGGACCAUAGGGGAUCUUUGGAAGGCUGUGGGGUCUUGCUCUCCCUUAGCACUCCUUUCUCCUUGUGAGAUCUCUCCUCAGCUGGAAUGAGGAAUGUAGUCCAUCUAAACUGCUUGCUAGGCUCAAUUACCACUUCUGUUUGCUUUGUGGAUCCUGGGAUAACAUGUAUAUGUGUACA